CAGGACUAGCUGGUGCUUACACUUGCUUCUGACACAACUGUGUUCACGAGCAACACAACAAACAAACACCAUGGUGCAUCUGAGUGGUGAGGAGAAGGCUGCCGUCACCGGCCUUUGGGGCAAGGUGGACUUGGAAAAAGUUGGUGGUCAGUCCCUGGGCAGUCUGCUGAUUGUCUACCCCUGGACCCAGAGGUUCUUCGACUCCUUUGGGGACCUGUCCUCUCCUUCUGCUGUCAUGAGCAAUGCCAAGGUCAAGGCUCAUGGCAAGAAGGUGCUGACUUCCUUUAGUGAUGGCCUGAAUCACCUGGACAACCUCAAGGGAACCUUUGCGAAGCUGAGUGAGCUGCACUGUGACAAGCUUCACGUGGAUCCUGAGAAUUUCAGGCUCCUGGGCAACGUGUUGGUGCGUGUGCUGGCUUGCAACUUCGGUCCGGAAUUCACCCCGCAGGUGCAGGCUGCCUUUCAGAAGGUGGUGGCUGGUGUGGCUAAUGCCCUGGCUCACAAGUACCACUAAACUUUCUUUCCUGCUGUCCUGUUCCCAUAAAGUCUCCGCCAAUAUCUGAGACCAAACAUGGGGAAAUGAUAAACAUCUGGCUUCUGCCUAAUAAAGAACAUUUAUUUUCACUGCAA